AUGUCAGCCAAGCAUUUCAUCAACGAUCCCACCAAGCUGGUGAACUCCGCUCUCCACAGCCUCACCCUCACGAACCCGAGUCUCGCCCUCGACAAGGCGAACAAGGUCAUCUACCGCAGACCGACCGACAAUGCCCCCUCCCACGUAUCCGUCCUGAGCGGCGGCGGCUCCGGCCACGAGCCCUCCUUCUCCGCCAUGGUCGGCCAGGGCCUCCUCUCCGCCGCCGUCGCCGGAACCAUCUUCGCCAGCCCCAGCGCCGAACAGGUCCGCACCGCAAUCACCUCCCGCGUCGACACCUCCAAGGGCGUCCUGGUCACCGUUAUGAACUACACGGGCGACGUGCUCAACUUCGGCAUGGCCGUCGAGAAGGCCCGCGCCGCGGGCGCAGAGGUCGAGAUGGUCGUCGUCGGCGACGACGUCGGUGUCGGACGCGCAAAGGCCGGCAAGGUCGGUCGCAGGGGUAUCGCGGGCACCGUCCUCGUGCACAAGAUCGCCGGCGCGCUGGCGGCGCAGGGGCGUCCUCUCGCCGAGGUCGCGAAGGUCGCGCGCCUGACGGCCGAGAACCUCGUCAGUGUCGGCGCCAGCUUGGAGCACGUCCACGUUCCUGGUCGCGCGAUCCCCAGUGAGAAGGACGAGGGCGCGCUGCAGCUCGGAGAGGCGGAGUUGGGUAUGGGUAUUCACAACGAGCCCGGCUCCGGUCGGGAGAAGGCGGAUCUGCCGGGGUUGGUGGCCAAGAUGCUCACGCAGCUCUUGGACCAGAAUGACAAGGACCGGGCUUUCCUCAACGUCAACUCGAACGAGGUUGUGCUGUUGAUCAACAACCUUGGAGGAGUGAGCGCGCUGGAAUUGGGCGGUAUUACCGCCGAGGUCGCCUCCCAGCUGGAGAGCAGCUACGGCAUUCGCCCUGUGCGCAUCCUGAGCGGAACUUACAUGACGUCUUUGAACGGUUUGGGCUUCAGCAUCACCCUGCUGAACGUCGUCAACACCGACAUCGGCGGCCCCAGCAUGAUCCAGCUCUUGGAUGCACCUACUGAGGCCACCGGCUGGUCUUCCCCGAUUCUCAAGGAGACCUGGGAGGCCAAGAACACCGCCACGAGGGAAGAUGCCGCAGAUGCUGGACAGGCUAUCAAGCCCAGCGAUCUCAAGUACGACCCUGCGUCCGCCACCAAGGCCAUCACCAGCGCUCUUAACCGCAUCAUCGCUGCUGAGCCCGAGGUCACCAAGUACGACACCAUCGUUGGCGACGGCGACUGUGGUAUCGGCCUGAAAAGAGGAGCCGAAGCCAUCCUUAAGCACAUCGCCGAGAAGCCGCUGACCGGCGACGCGGUCGUUGACCUCGCUUCGGCGGUCCCCGUCGUCGAGAACACGAUGGACGGCACCUCGGGUGCCCUCUACGCCAUCUUCCUCAACGCCCUCGUAGGCGCCCUCCGCACCCUCGCUCCCGGCACCGCCGACCCCAAGAUUUGGGCCGCGGCCCUCAGGCAGAGCAGCGACGCCAUGUCCCGCUACACGCCCGCCCGCCCCGGCGACCGCACCCUGGUCGACGCGCUGUACCCCUUCGUCGAGACUCUCGGCCAGACGGGCGACGUCAAGAAGGCGGCCGAGGCGGCGCGCGCCGGAGCCGAGAAGACCAAGGGCAUGAAGGCCAGCCUCGGCCGGACCGUCUACAUCGGCGGCUCCGGCUUCGAGCAGGUUCCCGACCCGGGUGCGUGGGGCCUCAGCUGCUUCUUCCUCGGUCUGACGGGCGAGGGCGACGAGGGUUGGGAGAAGUUGUAA